CCGCGGAAUGAGGUCGCGGUCCAACGGGAUUGCGAACGUUUGUAUUAAUCAUAUUAUUAUUAUAUUGUUACAUUGUUAUUACUAUUGUUGUCGUUCGGCGUUCGCACACGAAGUACACAUGGAAUAAGAGCCAAAUACGACACCGCACCCGCCGCUAACCGUACCGAAACGUAUCGCAUUGCACCGGGCUACUUGCCCGACCGUGGGACCUGUAUUCGAUCGCCGCCCCCGCCGCCAGACGUCCGUAUAUUUGUGAUAGGACGUCGCACAUAGAUUACAUUUACAUUUCCAAUACAUAGACAGGACACGAUCACCGCUCCUACAGCCUGACGACCUCGUUCACCGCGCAGACGGCCAGACUACCACCGUACGCGUGUUGCCACUGCUACGUGGGACACGUUUCGGCGGGAUCGUCAACGCGACCGUUUCACCACGUCAUGCACUACUACUACCGGAAGCGGAGUUCGGCAUCGGCGGUGGACCUGCGGAAGGCGAUUGAGCGCGGCAACUACGCCGCGGUGAAGCGGAUCAUCACGCGCAACCGGUACCUAACGCACUGUCCUACUGGCCGCGCGGCCGACCAUCCGGUGCACGUGGCCGCGCAGUCCGGCCACCAGCGCAUCGUCGGCCUGCUACUGCACCGUGGCGCGGACCCGGACGCCAGGAACGCCAACCGCAAGACGCCUGUGCACCUUAGCAUUCUGCACAGCCGGCCGCUAGUGGUCGGCUUGCUCAUGGACAACGGAGCCGACCCGACCGUGGUGGACGGUUACGAUAACACGCCGUUGGACCUGGCCGCGCUGAUGAACGACAAACGGUGUUUAGACGUGCUACUUAACCGCGACAUGCCCAACUCGGUAUUAAACAGAGCACUUUUCAAAGCCGCUACACAAGACAACACAAUAUUGAUGAACAAGCUGAUAAAUCGCGGGGCGAACAUCGAACACGUGGACGAGGCGACGGGAUACACAGCCUUGCUGGUGGCAAUGAAGAUCAAGCACUUAAGAGCAUCGCAGUUCCUAUUGGAAAAAGGGGCCGAUCCAUAUGUACAGGAUCAGUUCGGGUGGACAUGUCUGCAUUUUGCCGUGUACUACGAAUACUCGUACCGGACGCUGCUGAUGGUACUGCACAAGUACGUCGCGUCGAAACGAUCGGUGGACUCGCGCACGUUCAACCAGGAAACGGCGCUGCACUUGGCCGCCAGGCGGGGAAACGUCGUGGCCGCGGCCGCGUUGCUGCAGGCCGGCGCCCACGUGGACGCGGUCGACCGCAAGAACAAGACGCCGCUGCUGGCCGCCGUGCACCGGCAUAAGGACGCGGUGGCCGAACUGCUGGUAAGGGCCGGAGCCAGCGUAAACCGCGUGGCCGGAUCGGCCGGCUCGCCGCUGCACUUGGCCGUCGCACGCCACCACCUGCCGCUGGUGCGGUUGAUGCUCGAACACGGUUCCGCCGUGGUGGACCCGCGUGACGGUGACGACAACAUGGACUGGACGGUCAUCCAUUCGGUCUGCGAGUCCGGCGAUACGGACAUGCUGGAGUGCCUGCUGGCGUACACGGAUCCUGGGACGUUGCGCGCCCUGCACGCGGGCGGCCGGCCGAAGCCGCCGAUCGUGGUGGCCGCGUCGGCGGGCCACCAGGCAGCGGUAGAAGCGUUGCUGGCGCGCGGCGUGGACGUGAACGCGCGGCGCCGCGACGGCGAGACGGCCCUGCACGCGGCCGUGCGGACGAACCGCGCCGCCCUGGUGGACCGGCUGCUGGACGCCGGCGCAUGCAUAGACGCGCGCGACACCUCGGCCGGUCGCCGGCCGCUGGACGUGUCCGUGUGCACGUGGGGCCGCCGGGUGACGGUGACCGCGCACCUGGUGCACUCGGACCGCAUGGCCAAGGCGGUGGUCCGGCACGACGUGGACGCGGUCGCGUUCCUGCUGGCGUGCGGCGUGUCGCCCAACAUGACCACCGAGGCGUACGGGUCGCCGCUGCACGUGGCCGUCCGGCACAGACGGUACCGCAUGAUGGCCGCCCUGCUGUCGUCGGACCGGUGCCGGACGGCCGUACGCCACAACGGUGUCACGCCGCUCGACUACGCGGUGGCCAUGGGCGACGCGCGCGCCGCCAACAUGAUCCAGUGGCGAGACAUGCAGCGACGGCGCCGGCGCACCAAACACCUGUCGCCGGUCGCGGCCACGAAGCGCGCGUCGCGGCCGCGCGGCGGCGUCGGUUCCGACGACACCCCGACCAGGCGCUCGUCCAUCUGACCCGCGGCCGAAGACGACGACGACGACGACACGACACGAUACGAUACUGUUCAUACCUUCCCGUCAACAGCAACACGCACGCGAUCAAACCCGCCUGUUUCGCGAUUUUUUUUUUUUUAUAUAAUUUCUAUUUUAUUUUAUUUUUUCACGUUUUCACUCUGUUUUUUUUUUAUUUUAUUACUAUUACCAUGUUAUUAUUUUUCUAUCUUGUCGUGACUCAAGAUAAACCAACGUUUAGGGAUAGUUUUUUUUUUUUAUUGUUUUUUAACAUAUCGAAUUGACAAACCUGUUAUUUUACUCUCCGUUCGCACGACCGCGAUGGAGUCCGACCCACCUCCACUUCCCGGCCCCAUUGAUCUAUAAGAAUUACUACCCCCACCCCGACCAUCUGGACGCAUCCAUUGCGAUACGUUUUUUCCCCAUUCUUAAUUUUUCUUUUCGUUAAACUAUACGACGUUGUAUGUUGAACGUUGACGAUUUAUCAAUAUCAACCGAUUAAUGUUGUGUUCGAAUCGCAAAAUACCGAUUUUGUAUGUAGAAAAAAAAACCAUCCGGUUGCCGUUUAGACCGAACCGAUUUCGUUUUCAAAUUUUGUACAACAUUAUAACCGUUACGCGUAUUAUGUAGCUUUACUGACUCAAAUCACAACAAACAAAUAUGUAAUUGUGAUUUAUUGUACUUUGUUAACAUAACAUAGAAUACAAAAUCAGACCUCCGUUUUAAAGCUUCAUUUUGUAAUUUAAUUUUACGUCGUUUUUAAUACGUUGUACGAGUGCCUUUUUUUUAUAUACAUAUAUCACAAUAUAGUUUUGAUGAC